GUCACUCUCCACCACACACUGGGGUUUUUGACUCAUUGUUCGACCCAGAGCACCUCUAACGCGCGGUCAGUCUAGAGGCCAUGGGUACGAAAAUGGUUGCAAAUUGCCAAAUUGCAAUAUUUGAAAGAAAUUAGGAAAUUAUGGAAAUCAAUUUUGCUGGAAAACGUGCGCUUGUAACCGGGGCUGGAAAAGGAAUUGGUCGGGAUACUGCAAAGACUUUGGUGAAAUGUGGUGCAGAGGUCAUCGCUCUUUCCAGAACCCAGUCUGACUUGGAUUCGUUGCGAAAAGAAGUGCCCGAAAUUCAAACAGUCUGCGUUGAUUUGAAUAAUAUUGCAGAGACUCGAAAAGUUUUGUCUUCACUUGGCGACAUUCAUUUGCUUGUCAAUAAUGCUGCUGUAGCAAAACUGGAGCCUUUUAUGGAAGUGACAGAAGAGGCAUUUGACUUAUCAUUUAAUGUCAAUGUGAAAGCCGCCUUGUUUGUUGCCCAGACUGUUGCAAAAGGAAUGAUUGCUCGAAAGAAUGGUGGAUCUAUUGUUAAUGUAUCAAGUCAAGCUUCCCAGUCUGCUUUGAAAGACCACACAGUUUACAGUUGUACAAAAGCUGCUCUUGACAUGAUGGGAAAAAUGAUGGCUCUUGAGUUGGGACCACACAAGAUAAGGGUCAACUCUGUGAAUCCAACGGUUGUUCUAACAGAUAUGGGAAGAAUCGGUUGGUCAGAUCUCAAAGCUAAAGGGAUGUUGGAAAAGAUACCAUUAGGACGCUUUUCAGAGGUGGAUGAAGUGGUGAACGUCAUCUUAUUUCUAUUGAGUGACAAAGCAAGUAUGAUAAAUGGUGUGACAUUGCCUGUUGACGGGGGAUUUCUAGCUACCUAGAUAUACAUAAGUGGUUAAUUCAUAUGUAUAUAGUACCAUAUGUCAUAAUUUUCAUGGCG